CCUAGUGUUGCAACAAAAGCGCGACACGCUCUCAUCUCCACAGUCAGUCCGCACGGAUCACAGUCCGGUAAAGCUUAACCCUGAAGAAGACGAGUGAUUCGUAACAUAUUGCGAGGACAGAGUGAGACAAACAAACAUCUAUUGUCAUUGCAGAUCAAACUGCUUUCUACACAUUUCAGUUCCAGCUCAAGGCAAUACAUUUGUCGCUGUUUGGAUGAAUCAGAGGGUAUUCCUGAGAAAGUGUCAUAGCAGGAUCCACUGAAUCGCACAAUCCAGGAAUGUCCCGGAGGAAGCAGAGCAACCCGAGGCAGUUCAGACGGGGGUUGGAGAAUGGCCUGGAAGAAGACCAGAUCGAGGGUGUGUCGGGGGCCAGGGACAGCCUGACCAAUGGAGACCCGUCUGAGGAGGGAAGUCUUUCUGAAGGCACAGACCCAGAGAACCUCUCCGUGAGAGACCAGGAGCAGUCCAGCAGCCACGAGGAUGGCAGCCCAAGGCCUGGUCAGAAGGGUUCGGAGGACCAAGACAUGCCAGCUGGGAUCAGCCAAACUGGAUCCCAAGAGUGGGAUGGACCAAGGGAGCUGGAGAUGGUCAGUGAUGGUGCGGAUCAAAGGGUUCGCUCCACGCAGGCACUUCCUGUGGGCACCACGUGGGGUCCUUUCCCAGGGAAGAUUGAGCAGACCACCGGAGGAAGUGAUGCGGUCCCUGUAGUGCUGAGUGCGGGUCCCAGAUGGCUCUUAGAGCUGAGUUGGCUGGCAGCCGAGGACAACAAGAACAACUGCAUCGUUUACAGCAAAGGUGGCCAGCUCUGGUGCACUACAGUCAAGCCACUGAUGGAGCGAGAGACGCUGCAUGCCUCUACCAUAGAUGUCUCCUCACAGCUGCAGGCCCUAGCCAGCGAGGGGAUGUACCCCGCACGCCUGCUGGACUCCAUCCAGCUCCUUCCCCAGCAGGCCGCCAUGGCCUCCAUCCUGCCCAACGCCAUUGUGAACAAGGACAUCUUCCCCUGCAAGGCGUGUGGGAUCUGGUUCCGCAGUGAGAGAAACCUGCAGGCUCACCUCAUGUACUACUGCAGUGGGCGCCUGAGGGAAGUGGACACCAUGGUGGCGGAGAGGAACAGCAAGAACGGCAGCCAUGUCACCCCUCGCGUCUGCCCCUUCCCACAAUGCAACAUGAGCUUCAGCGGUGCCCAUGCCUUGGAGAUGCACUUGCUCACACACAACAGUACCCGGACAGAAGACCCUGUGUCCACCAGCGCUGUCCUGAAAUGCACAAUCUGCAAUCAUACAGCAGACACUCUCAUGAGCCUCCAGCAGCACAUCCUGUCCCACCUGUCACAGGUGGGCCUCCGGUGUGACCACUGCAGCUUCUGCUUCCAGACCGCCACCGAGCUCGCCAGGCACCAGGACCUGCAUGGCCACGGGGGCGGCAAAACUCCCAGAGAGGGAGACACCCGAGUCUCCCCCGGCGGCGGCGGCGGCAGCACAGGGAGCCCACGGGCCGGCCACAAACCGGAGUAUCUAGUCAGAAGAGAUGCCCGUCAGAGUCCGGGCCAAAACAAAGAGACCAACACCGGUGUGGACAUUGGAUGCACAGAGCGAGAACUAUCCACCAUGAAGACUGAGACCAACUCAGGAAACCAAGCUAGUUUCUCCUACACUAAGGUGAAGUCAGAGCCUUCCAGUCCCCGACAGGCAUCCUCCCCCGUCCAGCCCAACAUUACCCCUGCCUUCCCCAUGGGCCCCUUCGUCCCACAUGUCCCUUUCCCACAAGACAUCACUGCAGCACCGCAGGCCUCUGAGAUCCUGGCAAAAAUGUCAGAGCUUGUCCAUCGUAGGUUGCGCCACGGAGGCAGCAACUACCCUCCGAUGGUAUACAGCAACCUUGUGCCAAAGGGAGCGACGUGCUUCGAGUGCAACAUCACCUUCGGCAACCUGGACAACUACCUGGUCCACAAGAAGCACUACUGCAACAGCCGCUGGCAGCAGGUCACAAAACCGCAUGAAUACAGCAACCUUCUGGAUCAAGUCUCGGAUGCUGGGAGCCCGAGGAAUGGGAGCAGUCUGGUCGGUAUGUUAAGCACCCAUCCAUCUGAGCUCAAAGGUCACCAAGUGGAUCCCACUCGUUUGCCCACAUCCAUGUUUGACCCUUUCCAAGUUGGGGGCAAGCUGCCAGAUGACCUCUCCCCUCAAGCUAAAAAGGCCUCAACUCCAACAGGUGCGGAGGAGAGACCCAAUUGCAUUCAGGCAGACUUGAAAAGCCCCAAAAUAUCUCCUGUACAGAACGAGCUGGACCCCAGCGGGACCACGUGUGCAGCCUGCAACAUCACAUUUAGCCGAAACGAGACAUUUAUGGUACAUAAGCAGUACUACUGCGCCACCCGGCAUGACCCGCCUAUGAAGCGUGCCAAUGCACUUAAAGGCCCUGCGGCCCAGAAGUCAGUGCGGGCACGGAAGAGGAGAAAGGCUUACGAAAUGACCACACCUGACCAGGACCACAUGCCAACGAUGCCACCACCACCUUUCCUGGGCAUCCCCACAAUGGGCAACCCUUGUAUCACUCAGCAAGCAAUGGAGUCUUUCAGGGAUCAGUUCCAUAUGAGAUACAACAUCUAUCACAAUAUGGUUCCUAAACACCCGGAAGCGUCCCUCACAGUCACUAAAUCUGCACUGGUCUCUAAGUGCAAUGCUCUUGCCAGGGAGGAGCUUGAUGUGCCAAUAGAUCUAAGUAAGAAAUGCUUGCCACAGUUUAACAAGCUCUCGCAGUCCCCACCGAGUCUCCUGGAUUACCACGAGUGCGCAGUUUGCAAGAUCAGCUUCAAUAAAGUGGAGGACUAUCUUGCCCAUAAACAAAACUCCUGUCCCGGUACCUCUGUAGACAGCAAACUGUUGCUAGACAUUAAAAAGGAAAGUUGCAAUCCAGACAUCAGCACUAAGAGCAUUGAGACGUACAAAAAAAACAGUUCUCCUGACAUCACAACUCAGAAUGCACUUGUCCAUCCUGUAAAAUCUGGAGCGCCAUCUGACGACAACGUCCCAGUGAAGGAAGAGACGAAGGACACAUUCAUAUCCACCGGUGGGUAUCCAGGAAUGAUUAAGAAGAUGCGUCGAGAGGAACAGAUAUGGCCCUAUUACGAAAUCAAAGCUGCAGACUAUGCCACUGGGAUGCUGAUGAUGCCUAACGAUCAACGAGAGCACAGGAAGAGUCCAAAUGAAGGCAGCGAAGGGGAGAAAGAUCAACCCGUCCCCGACCAAAUCCCAAACCCUCUGCCGAAAAACAAGAGCAAGACCCUCGACGUGAACGGCUACCAUAAAACGGAGGAAAAACCCAUGGACGUCGGGAAGCCAGACAGCUCACCACCUCGAGAAGAGCCUUCUUCUACGUCUGACCCAGAGAGCCCCGUCCAUCCCAAAAAGAGCUUGUCCCCUCUCCUGAUGUCCAAGACAGAGGAGGUGGCCCCAGGUGUCAAGAGAGGUGCAAAUGGAUCGAUUUCUGCAGGCAAUGUGAAGUACUGUCGCCCCUGUGACAUACAAUUCAACAACCUGUCAAAUUUUAUUACGCACAAGAAGUUCUACUGCUCGUCUCACACGGCUGAACAUGUGAAAUAACUUUUUUAAAGCACUGACUUGUGACCCCUCCCCCCUCCACUGGUUUACAUGAAGAACAGCUGACGGACAAUCAACAGAAGCAUCUCCCAUUCAAUAAGUAAAAAAAAUUAAUGGAAAAAAAACAUGUUUGUUGAAAGAGUAUUUGUGUGUAUUUUUUUUCGCUUUUUGUGAUGUAUUUAUUUAUUUUAAGUAUGUUUCCAGUAUUAAAUACUCAUGUAAUGAGGUUUCUAUAAAAUAUCUUUGUAACAUCAUCAAGUCCCACAAACAAAUAAGUUAUUCAGAAUGGAAAAUAUAAUUGAACAACACAUGGCACAGAUCAGAUUACAGAUGGUCUGUAGUCCUUUCACACAGAAAGACAACAGGUUUGCUAUAUUUUUACAACAUGAAUACUGGUAACAUAUCUUUGGUUUGGGAAUGAUAGUGAAUACUUGAUAUUAUGAUUAAAAAAGAUUUUCUCUACUUUUGUGACUUCUAGUUCACGUUGUUUAUUUAAACUUGAAAAUGUUUUGCUUGUGCAAGACCCAUUAAUAUACCUGUAUGUGUGUUUGCUGAUUUGUCAACCUUUUUUUUGUAAAUCGUUGCUUUUAAGGCAAUACUUUUAUGAAGAUAAAUCAUUUUAAGGCAGUAUCACAAAGGAGUGACUAUGGUUGUUCGUUAGAGCCCUCUAAGAAGUUGACUGCGGACAAACCUUCACUAGUACUGUUAAGACAGGGGGUUCCUGUAUGGAAGAGAUGUUUUUGUCAAUUCAAGGUCCUUAAAUGCAGGAGAAAAAUAUGUUGUUGAAAAUGUGUUGCUAUGCAUGUUCAUGUGUGGAAUGAAAUUCCAGAAAUGUUGGACAUUUUUUAUUUUAUUUUAUUUCAUGUGGUGUCCAAAUUAAAGAUCUGAUCUCAGGA